AUGUUUGCUACAAAUCUCUUGGUAUACUCUGUGACACGUAGUAAACUUGCCCUUAAUAUCCAUGGUAAGAUCCACCCUGCUGGAGGAAACAUCACUGUCAAAAACUGGCUAAAUAACUUAACAAUGGAAGUCCCUCAAGUUCCCUCUGGUGAUAUUCUGACAGCUAUUGACAAUGACCAGGUGCUUAUUAGGAAGUGGACUGUGCGUAAAGAUAACAGGGCACAAAUCAGUGUACUAACAAGUGUCUGUGUGGCACCUGUUUAUCCCAAUGGAACAUUGCAGUUGGAUUCAAAUCUUGCUCCAGGGUAAGAAAAUCAUUUGAAAAAAUGGUCAAUUAGUUAUUGAAUACACAAGGAUUUGUUUUGUUUAAUGAGCACAAUCUUGGACAAGUCAUUUCCUUUCCAAAAUUGUUGCCAGCAUAUUUGAAGGUCAUGUAUAUGUAAUCAAUUAAAAUGUGCAUACAUUACCAUAGUAAGGUACAGUAAAUUUGAUAGACUAUAACUUUCAGUGUUUUUCGUCUUUUAUUUUUAUCAAGUAUUUAACAGUUAUUCCUUGAGGUUAAGCAUGAUAGGGAGAGGUUUGUGCUAUCAGCCAAAACCUGAGGCAGAUAACACAAAUUAUUCAGUAGUUAUUGUUUUAUUAGGCAUAAACUUGUAAAAACAAGAGCACAUACAAGAAACUAACCAUGCUAGGUCAACUUGUAAACAACUCAGAAUGUAAGCUUAAAACUUUGAUGUUGCAGCACAUUCCACAAGUUUCCAGAAUUGAGAUAGCGAUACCAAGUAUUACUAAUUUGGCUCUCUCUUUUAGAGCAUGGUACAACCGCAUUGAACAAGCCAAGACAUGUCAAGAUGAGCGGGAAAAGCUGGCAAAGGCAUGUUCAGAUUCAGAACCUGAUAAUGAAAUAAUCCGCCAAGAGGUAAUUAUACAUUUGAAAUUACAGGUGUACAAGAAAGGUCAUCUUCUUGUAGAUGUAGUUUACAAUUAGGAAAACAAACACUAGGAGAAAAAAAAACAUUGUGCAAAUUUGAGGCUUAGCCAGCAAAUUAUGGAUUAUACUAUACCUGUUUUAAGGACAGGCCUACUUUUGUGAACAUGUGUAAAGUUAAAAGGCAAUUCUUUCAAUUGACUAUAACAUUUUGUAAUUGAAUUUUUUUUGUUGUACUCAGACUAAUCCAUGAGUUACUUCAGGAGUUACUUAAAGAGCAGACGAAAACUGGGGAUGUGUGGCAAGAUGAUGUUGACAUCAGAGUAGAUGACAUUAAAGCCAAAGAAGGAAAGCGUGUUUGUCCUGUAUGUCAAACAACAAUGGAUAGCAACAAAAGAAAAUGUGUAAAUCUAGAUUGCAGGGUGAGCCUGAAAGAUGCUGAGAAAGAACUUCAAGGCAGUGACAUCCUAGGUACUGCACUGGUUGCCCCCAUCCGUCAGUACCGACAGAGAGUGAGAGAAACACAGCUGGGAUUCAUCAUUGAUCAGAAUGAGGAGGCACAUGUCAUUGUAAAAGAAAAAUUUUCUGAGUGUUAUGAUGAAUUCCAGCAUGUGCCAUCAAACCAUAUUGAUCAUCCAGUCAACAUUGUGACAAGUGAUCCUGUAUUUGUAAAUCCAAAUUCUCCGAAUGCACUCAAGGAAGUUUUACGUAGAGUUGGCAUGGCUGCAAAGGUGAGGCGGUAUCAUCCCAAUGAUCCAAAUGCUCGACAAUGGCUUAAUGUUACCAUGGAUGGUCUACCUUACCUUGUGUGCAGGAGAGUGGUCAAUGAUGUUUUCCUCUGUACAGAAUGUGGUGAAGAGGUCAUGGAGGAAAGUGUGAAUGAACAUUGCAUUAAAGUUCAUCAAGGACAGAAAUGCAGUGCUGUAAAAGAGUUUGACUGGGUGGUACUUCGUAUUGGAAAGCUUCAUCUAGAAAUGAACAUGGCAAGACAUUUCAUUGAUUUAAACUGGGAUGUCUUUGUUUCUAAGCUUGCCAGUGAGCUUGGUUUUGUUUCUGAUGCUGCUCAGAAAUUUGUCAAAAAGGGUUCAGACCACCACAAGACAAUGUCUAUCCUGAAAGUUGCUCACAUUGGUUUGUGGAAGGAAUUACUCAUUCCAUACAUCCGGGAUAGGCUUGACAGUGGAUCUGCAAUGUCAGUUAAUGACUACUUGUAUGACUGGAUGCCUAAUGUUGGCUGGAAAAAUGCCACCUACAGGUACAUCUUUGGCAUGACCUGGACGUAUUUAAUGGCUCUCUGGGUUUUCCGCAUGGGCAUCAGGAGAAAUAAUGCUGCCUAUGUAAGAGCAGGGCAGAUGACAUUUGCUACUGUAUUUCAUAGAAAUGCAGUGUCUAAGUAUGCUUUGAUUGACCUGUAUGACAGGUAGGUAAAUGGAAACUUUUCUUGAUUGUUUUUUAAACUUAUAUAUAUGUACAAUAAUAUAUAACAAAUAUUGAAAUUUUUUAGUGGUCAGCUCCUUUCAUUCUUCUAAAUGAAAGGCCUCCCAUCUCUGAGUCAACAAGCAAUUACAUCCAUGUACAGCUGACAUGCUGACUAAUCUUACACCUAACAACUGUUCAUUAAGUCAUUAUCGUUUUUCUUUCAUUAUUGUAGUGUAGACCGAGCUUGCUACCCAGAAGAACUGACUGUAUUUGUGCAGAAUACAGAGACAGUUAGUACAUCAGGGAAUGAAAGCAAGGGUGAAGACAUGGAUGCUUGCCUUGAGGAGAAAAACAAGGAGUCAAAAGUGUGGCAGCAUGGCACCAUGACUGCAUUGGAUUGGCUGAGGAUUUUCAGAAAUCUUGGAAAUCUUAGCAAGGUAUAGUGUAUGCAAACAUUUGUUUGUUUCACUUUUUGGUGUAUUUUGAAACAGGCACAAAUGAUAUACAUGUACUUAAUUUAUAGUUACUUCAACAUCUAAAAGCUACUAAAGAAGGGCAAAAAAUAUCUUUGUAGUUCAUUACCUUUUGUACAUAACAUUGUGAAUCAUUGCUAAGAGUUAGUAAAAGCAUUUAUCUCCAGGUUACUUGGUUUUCUUCAUUCCUAAAAUCCUAAAAAUUUUUAAACACGAAUUUGGUCUGAUUCAGAAGACCUUCUUGAAACUAUCUGUGAGUAGUUUGGAUUCCUCUUUAAAUACCUCAUUUAUUUUAUUUAUAUUUAGGUGAGAAAUUGGCUUUUCUCCCUGCUUGGAUUGCAUAAUCCCAAGGAUGAAGCAUUGAACUCAAGAAGAAAGCAUGAUUUUGUAGAUGAAGUGCUAGCAUGGCGCAUAAAGCUACGAAAAGAGAAGUAAAUGACACAAUACCUUUUAGUAUAAGCUAUUCAGCUCCAGUAUGUAAUAGUAGUGGUGUAAAUUAAAGAGCAAUUCUCAAUGCAAUAGUUGGUUCAAUAAGUUUAUUUCACUGCUUUUCCUUCAAAGGUAUUUGCAAGGAGGGUUGUCAAAUGUUGUAACAUCCUUGGAAGGCCCUGAACUGGACAGUGAUUUGAAAAAUUAUGAGGAAAUUCUUAGAAGGAACAGAAGCAACUUGCUUCAUACACACUUCAUUGAUGGCAAAAAAAGAGCAGAUACCCAGUUGCAAGUGCUAUAUGUAACUACAGAAGACAGAGCUUUGGCAGAAGACAUAAGGAAUGCAUCCAAAGAUGAAAUCUUCAGGAGAAUAGCUGAAAAGCUUCUGCUGCUCACUGAUGAGGAGACAAGGGAGCCUCUGUCAAGCAGAUUUGGAGCUAUCAAAGCACAGCCCAGCAAAGUUAAAAAGGAAACUCUUGUUUUGUUGUACAAUGAAAUUGUGGAAGAGCUACAGAACCAAGAGACACAGGAAGAGGUGUGUAUCCUUGACACCACUGAGGAAGAUAGAGAAGCUGAUUGCAGCACGAACUGAUUUAUUUCUAUGUCAGUUAAUGUUAGUUGACAUUUACGUGUAGGUCUGGUACAAUUCCAUAUUAAAUAAAUUUUAUUUUAUUGUACCCCAUGAAACCCUGGGUAAGAUUGUUUGUAAGGUGAAUUUCAAUGCCCAAGCUCUGCCACUGAUUUUACAGUGAUAAGUCAACAGUGCACUGAUUUGAAUAAUAAGGAUUUGGUAAGAUUGUUCCUUUUCACAUAACUGUAGGUGACUCAAAAUCUAACUGGUUAGGUAAUGUAGCAGUUUCAGUUUUUGACAGUGUUAAAUUAGAAACUCUGGGAGCUGGCAAUUUCAGGAAACCCAGUAUUUGUGAGAGUAUGAGACAUGAGAAAACAUUUUAAGGGUUGGUUUCAUGUAGAAAAGGAGAAAACAAAGAACAAAAUUUUACUUGUGCUUUUCUUGUGCUACCAUCUAUAUGCAUAUAAUGUACAAACAGUACAUGGCUGUAUUUCAUGCAAAUAGGUUUAAAUAUACAUCCUGUAAGAGGUGUAAUUUUUAAUGUCAAGAAUUAAGGAAAGCAUAAAAAAUACUUAGUAGGCUCAGAUGUAAAUAAUAAUUAUAUUAAAUGUAAAUCGUGUACAAAAGACAUUUCAUGUGCUCAGUAUUAUUUUCAAUAUUUUGCGGUGUGGUAUUUAUAAUAUAAUAUAAUAAUUCUGACCUAAUUAAAUUGAUUGAUUUUAUUGACUUAAUUAUUAAAAACAGGAACC